AUGAAUUAUAUUGAAAAAAUUGCAAAGUAAUUAGUUUCUUUAAGAAAGACAAAGCCAUAAGUUUCAUUUAAGCUAAAUUUAAAAAUGCUUUAAAAAAGCGGAUUAUAUGCUUAAGCAUAUGAAAUAGCAAAGUAUUUAGAAGUAUUUUAGAAAGAAAAUAAUAUUCCAGUUUAUACAUUUGCUGAAGAAAAAGCUUAUUUAGCAGGAUAUUUAUUAUUAUGUUCAGGAAAAGAAUCUUAUUGCGAUCCAAUUUCUUUAGUUGGAAAUUUUGGAAUAAAAUAAUAAAAUUUAAAAAUACAUGAUCAAUUAGUAAAUAGAUUAGGCUUAACAGCUUGUAGAUAAAUUAGGAAACUAUUACGAUGUAUUCAAAAAGCUUUAUCCUGGUGCUUAAAUAAAUUUAGUUAGGCCUGUAGAUAAUUAUGA